GUUUCAUUGUAGCUGAAGAAGAAGAAGAUGGUUACUGCAGGCAACGUCCAUGGUAACGUCAACAUCACCCGGCGCUGCUAACUUUUUAUUUAGCGAGGGUUUCUUUCUUUGGUUUUCAUCGAAGAACAUCUAUCUGCAAAACUGCUUUCGGUCGGUUGGCGAUUUUCCAGACAUAAAGGCAUCAUGGCGAGCCAGCGGCCUCCCUCCAGCAUGGGCCGGCCCAUGAGCCGUAGUGGAUCUGCGGUCCCUGGUGCUGGAAGACCCCCGACAGCUGUCCGACCUCCUCCGACUGCUAUUCGUGUUGCAACAGGGAUGGUUCCAGGUACCAGUGGUCAUCCUGGCAUGAGAGGAGGAAUCUCCAUCACGACUCCUGGAGUCCUGUCAGCUCAGAUCAGAGUGACCGACAGGCCUGUCACCCAACAGGGGCUCAGUGGGAUGAAGACUGGAAUGAAAGGACCUCAGAGGCAGAUCCUGGAUAAGUCCUACUACUUGGGCCUUCUCAGGAGUAAGAUCAACGAGUUGACCACAGAGACGAGCAAGCUGCACAAAGAGAUUGACAACUACCACCAGGAGAACUCUGUAUACCUGUCCUAUGAGAAGAGAGCUGAAGGCCUGGCAGCAGAGAUUAAGGAUCUGCAAGGGCAGCUGGCUGACUACAACAUGCUGGUGGACAAGCUCAACACUAACACAGAGAUGGAAGGAAUGAUCGACGACUACAACUUUCUGAAAGCCCAGAAUGACAGUGAGGCGGAGAGCAUCGACAGCAUCUUCACUGAGAGGAGAGAGAGAGAGGAGGCCAUCAGGGCGAUGGAGGAGGAGAUCAGGAGGGAGAGACGGGUGGCUGACGAAGUCGUCCAGGCAAUGCCAGCCGCAAAGCACAAGAAAUACGUCACCAUGACAACCACCAAUGAAGAGCUGCUACAGGAGCUGACUGUUCUCCAGGAGGAGCUGGACAUCCUGAUCACCAGGAAGGAGGACUAUGAAGCUGAGCUGUCCCACUCACAGGUAAAGCAGGAAGUGGUUCGCCUUCAUGAGACGCUGUCAGCGCUGGAAUCCAAGCGGGACACCAUGGAGGCGGAGCAGAAGAGCCUGGGCUCACCCAAGGAGGAGUUAGAGAAGCUGUUUAAGAAGGUGAAGGAGGACAACCAGGAGAUCGCCAGCAUGGACAGACAGCUGACAGAGAUCAGGGACAGAACUGGACAGAUCACAGAGGAGAUCCGACACCUGGAGCAGGACUCGGAGGCAGCUCAGGGGGAGUGUCAACAGAAAUAUAAGGAGAUGAAGAGGAGAGAAGAAGACAUUGACCGGUUCCUGGAGUCAUUUGAAGAGUCCAGGGCUCAGGAACAGGAGAGGAUGAGCCAGAGUCAGGAGAACAUCGUGUCACUGCUGGAGCUCUGCAGCCGGAACAUGUUGCGGCUACGUCAGGUGGAUACGGUGACGGCCAGCGAGCUGAGGAACAUGCAGGAGGUUCUGGUCAGCAAAGAAACAGAGGUGGUCCAAUCAGAGAGCACCGCCAGAGGACUGACAACAGAGUCCCAGCGCCUGCAGCAGGACCUAGAGAAGGUCCAGCAGCUGGAGGGGAAGAUCACAGGAGAGCUGAACACUCUGAAGGACCGCGUCAACACCAUGGAGUCUGAGCUGCUCACCUACAGAGACCUGGACACCCUGAGGCAGUCAGCCGAGGAGAAGAAGAAGAGGCUACAGGAGGACCGGGUGUCGCUAACUCAGCGUCGAGAUUCAUUUGAUCAGCUGCUGGAGGAGAUGAACCAGAAAUAUGAAGCUCUGAAGACCAAGCUGGAAGAAAAUGAGACUCAUGCUCAGCUGGCUAACCUGGAGAGGAAAUGGCAGCACUUGGAGCAGAACAAUUUUGUGAUGAAAGAGUUCAUCGCCUCUAAAUCUCAGGAGAGCGACUACGCCUCAGUGGCCAAGAACGUCUUUCAACAGGUGGCCGAGUACAACAGAAGCCUCAUAGAGUCACUGCAAAGCAACAAGAGCUGAAGACGUCUGCACACACACACACACACACACACACACACACACACACACACACACACACACACACACACACACACACACACACACACACACACACACACACACACGACUGUCAGAAACACUCCAACACGUCGUCCAACAUUUUCAGUAAAACGUUCAGUUUAUUGGGUUAGGAGCAGCUAAGAAGCUUCUUUUGUCACUUAAACUGUAGCCACCCUAAAAAUAGAUAUUUUGAAUAUUUUUAUGCUGUCUGAUGUCUGAUUCAAGAUCACCAUGUCAAGGUUUCCAUCAGAAAUAAAAGUGGAAGAUUUUUAAUAAAAGCUACAGUGACUUUU